CUUUUGAAGUCUCUCUUGCACUCUCCACACUUAUUUUUCGAGUUACCCUACUUACCUAUUUACCUCUUUACCUCUUUACCUAUUUUUAUUUCGCAUACCCCCCCAGGAACUACAUACUCAUGUCUUCCAGAGUCACACGCUCCUCUGCGCGCAACGCAGCGAGUCAAGGAGCAUCACAGGGAGAUAUUAACUCUCCCCAAGCUUCUGUUGGCCAUUCGCCUGCAACCGCCGGAAAUAAUACAAGUACGAACCAAUCCGCUCAACCCGUCCAAUCUUCAUCGAGACCGACGUCCUCGCGAAAGAGAAAGCCAAUAUCGGGUGAGAAUAGCUCGCCAACCCAGCCUCCACCGAGCGAGCCAGCUGUAUCGGCUCGUCGAUCCAAGCGGCAGAAAGUUUCAGAGCAAGCUCCACAAGCUCCACAACCUCCACAACUUCUACAACCUCCAGCUGUACCUAUACCUGUUCCUACUGCUACACGUAAGCGGAAAGGAAAGAAUACGGCUUCUAUGUCUAGCCCAGCAGGUUCUGACCCACCCCCACCCGCCAGGAUGCAGGACUCUACCAAUUUAACUUCAGCCUCGUCAAGCCGCAAGUCGAGUCGCAACAAGAAGAAUAGCCAGGCAGCCCAAGAAUCUCCUGCGACAGGUGCGUCUAGCUCUACGCGCCGCUCGAAGCGAACAUCUAGCAACCAUCCGCCUCAUCCUGACCAAGAUACUACUAUGACGGGUACCAAGGAUCACGAGGAAGAGGAGGAAGCGCCACCCCCUCCGCCGCCACCUCCGCCCGCGCAUGAUCCCGACGAAGACAAUAGCGACGAUAAUGACGACGAUGAUGAUGAACCCCAUCGCCAUUACGACGACGAUCCGUUUGGCGGAUUCGGUGUGCCUCCGGGAUCGGGAUUAUCCAACACUCUCAGGGCGCUGACUGGUAUGAUGUCUGGACUAUCGUCUAGGCUACGAGAUAUCCUCCAUCACCUUCGACAGAAAGAGGACCCGUCGGCACAGCUGGUGGCUCUGCAGGAGCUGGCUGAGAUUCUUCUUGUUUCCAACGAGGAUAAUCUGUCGGGGCAUUUCUCCCCCGAUGCUUUCGUGAAGGAGUUGGUGACCCUAAUGCAGCCCAAUGAGAUUACCGGCGAAGAAAAUUCGGAGAUCAUGCUUCUUGCUUGCAGAUGUCUUGCGAAUUUGAUGGAAGCUCUACCGGCUAGCGCUGCCAACGUGGUUUAUGGUGGCGCUGUCCCAAUUCUGUGCCAGAAGCUCCUAGAGAUUCACUAUAUUGAUCUCGCAGAGCAAGCGCUGAGCACAUUGGAGAAGAUAUCUGUCGAGUAUCCCACAAGCAUCGUCAGAGAAGGCGGUUUAACCGCAUGUCUUACUUACCUAGACUUCUUUCCUACGGGCACUCAACGAACUGCUGUCACGACUGCUGCCAACUGCUGUCGCAACAUCCCGGAGGAUUCGUUUAACGUGAUCACUGGAGUUAUGCCAAUUCUCCUAAACGUGUUGAACAGCAACGACCAGCGAGUUGUAGAACAAGCAUCGCUCUGUGUUACUCGUAUAAUCGAGAGUUUCAAAUAUCAGUCGUCGAAGCUGGAGCAGCUCGUCAGUGUGGAUUUGUUGAAAGUCAUACUGCGGCUUCUGGUUCCCGGAACCACGAACCUCAUCAGCGCCAAUAUUCACACCCAAUUCCUCCGGGUUCUAGCUAUCACGGCCCGUGCAAGCCCGAGCUUGUCGGCGGAACUCUUCAAGUUAAACGUCGUCGAGACUCUCUAUCAGAUCCUUACGGGUGUCUCUCCUCCUAGUGAGACGGAAGACGUCGCUUCGAAGCUUGAUAGUGUGGUUAUCAUGCAGGCAUUGAUCCAUCGGCCACGCGAGCAAAUUAUCGAGACUCUUAACGUCGUCUGCGAGUUGCUCCCAGGCCUGAAGUGGACUGACGGUUCGGGCCUCCCGAUCCCAGCCGAUCUUGAUAUUGCUGAGUCCGUUACCCCAUCCUCGUUUGGGUCCCGUAAGAAGUCGUCUAAUGAGAAGAGACUCGAGCUGCUCGACGAGUGCAAGGACCAAGUUCGAAGAUUCGCGUUGAUCCUCUUCCCUACGCUGACGGACGCAUUUUCAAGCACGGUAAACUUGAGCGUCCGACAAAAGGUACUCACUGCUCAGCUGAAGAUGCUAUCGAAUUUAGAUAAGGAUAUUCUCGUCGAUGCCCUGAAGGCUGUUCCCUACGCCUCGUUCUUGGCCUCUAUACUAUCACAGCAGGAUCAUCCCUCGCUUGUCAUGUCUGCCAUUCAGAUAACGGAACUUCUGCUGAACCGGCUGGAUGACAUCUAUCGCUACCAGAUUUACCGUGAAGGGGUUAUUAUUGAGAUCAUGAAGUUGGCGGCAGAUCAUCAAGAGCCCGAGAACAAGGCGGCUGAGACACCGGCAGAUCAUAGUAUGGCAUCUGGAGACGAAGGAGACAGGGUCUCGAUACAUAACGGCUCUGGAGAUGAAGAGGAGGAGGACCAUGAAGAGGAGGAUGAUGAUGACGAGGAGAACGACGACGAGGACCAAGAGAAUGAUCAUCAUGACGACGAGAUGUCCGGUUCGCCUGCUAGUUCUGACGGAUCUACUAUGUCUAUUGAUGGGCCGCCUCGACCCUACGUGGGGGAUAUCCCAUCUAUGAAGACCCGCAUCGCCGAGACCGCCAAGAAAUUCUUAGAGACUCACGAAACAGAAAAGCAUAGUAAAUCCAUGAAGAAGAAGGCCAAAAAGAUCCUGGAUAAUCUUGAAGCUCUUGCUUCUGGGAUUGAGGGAUUUUACCUCCGAAGAACUGCCAAAGAUCUAUCUCCUAAGAAUGGGGCCGUCCUAUUUGAAAAACUAGCAUCCUAUUUCGAUGCUGACGUCUUGGACAGCGUUACAAGCGCUGAGCUGCUCUCUUCAGGGCUCGUGCGUGUUCUAGAAGAGGUCUUUAGCAACCCCGACGAGAUGCUAGCAAAUGCCGCACGAGCCGCAUUCCUCGAGGUCUUCAUGGGUCGUUAUGUGAGUUCAAAACCGAAGACCGCAACCGCAGAUUCUCCUGCGACACCCUUCAGUAUCUUGAUCCACAAACUUCAAGAUCUACUUAGUCGGUCGGAGCACUUCGAGGUUAUUACCGUCCACCAUAGCACGUUUGAUGGAAAUCGCAGCAGCGCGGCCUCCAUGUUGGCAAAGCAGAUUAGACUGAGACUAGUUGCUGACGAAGACUCCGACAUCCCUCGCUCGUUCCGCAGUAUCAAUGUCCACAUCCAUGCAAUUGCAACCUUUAAAGCUUUAGAUGAUUGGCUACGACCUCGAAUUAGCCUACACGAGCGCCCUCGUGGCCCGAGACCCCGUGACGGAUUAUCUCGAGCUCUCGCCGCGAUGGCUAGCUCGGCAGGAUUAUCGUCAGCCGAACGCCUCGCUGAGCGGUUGGGAUCAAGCUAUUCGGCUCCUCCACCUCCGGUCCCGAACCAGGCUUCCGGUUCUCAUCAGCCGCGGAGAUCUAAGUCAAAGCAGCCGGGACAGUCCGAUACCCCGUCUACUCCGGGUUCGGUAGCGGGUUCUGGCCGCGAGAAGGCAAUUCUCCGCAGAUCGGCGCGACGUCAACCAGCUCAACCAAGCGAGUCUCAUAACCCCGCACCGCCUCCUCCGCCGCCGGAAGAUGACGAGGAUUUGCAAAAUGCAUUGGAAUGCGCCGACGAAAAGCCGAUCACCGAUGAGGAUGAAGAAGUUGAGGCUGCUGAUAGUAGUGCUCUCGAUGCUAUAGUUGGCGAGUUGGACGAAGAUAUGGAAGAUGCCCCUGCCCGCGAACCAUCCGCAGUGAACCUAGUGGAGGCGGCUGGAGGGAAGAUCACGGCCAGGAAAGAAGAUGGAACCCGGGUCCCUACUCCAGCUCAGACUGGCGGUACCAAUCUUCCAAGUCGCAGCGCGCCACCUCAGCCCCCAGUAUCGCAGCAGAGCACGCCAACCCCAACUCCUAGCGCUCCGUCGACCUCUCGACCACUUUCCUACGCAGCUGCCAUCCAAGCCGUACCCCAAGAUUGGCAUAUCGAAUUCAGUCUUAACGAGCGGGUCAUUCCAAACGAGACGACUAUUUAUCGGGCUGUUCACAACAACUCGUCGCCUCCUGACGAUCACGUUAACCGCAGUGUUUGGUCAACCAUGCAUGUUAUCAAGUUUCGUCGUGUGCCAGGGCCUCCUCCCGCGGAACCUAUCGGAUUCGGGCCUUCAUUUGACGGCGCACCUGACGUUAACGGUGUACCUGCCUCGCUUACGAAUAAUCCUACAACGGCGUCCAUUCUCCGCCUAUUGAACAUUCUACACGAUCUCAAUGCCAACAUCGAUGAUAUUAUAGUGGAAAACAAGAACACUCUAAAAUUGAAUGUUGAGCCCUUAUCACAAUUUGUCAAUACAAAGUUGACUGCCAAACUCAAUAGGCAACUGGAGGAGCCUCUCAUAGUGGCUAGUAACUGUUUACCGAGCUGGAGCGAAGACCUAGCCCGACUAUAUCCGUUCCUCUUCCCCUUUGAGACCCGCCACCUGUUCCUGCAGUCAACAUCAUUUGGCUAUGCGCGAUCUAUGAGUCGAUGGCAGAAUGCGCAGCUGGAGGAGACGUUGCGCCGUGACCGGCGUGAUGACAACGUAUUCCUUGGCCGGCUUCAGCGUCAGAAGGUACGAAUUUCGCGAUCCAAAAUUUUGGAAUCAGCGUUGAAAGUGAUGGAACUUUACGGCAGUUCGCAGAGCAUUCUCGAGGUUGAAUAUUUUGAGGAGGUUGGGACAGGUCUUGGACCUACUCUCGAAUUUUAUUCAACUGUUUCCAAAGAAUUUUCCAAGAAGAAACUCAGGCUCUGGCGCGAUAUGGAUUCCAACGACUCGGACGAGUUUAUCUCUGGCCCUGCUGGAUUAUUCCCUCGGCCUAUAAGCGAUGACGACUCAAGCGCGAACGUAAUUCUGCAGCUGUUCAAGAUGCUUGGGAAGUUUGUUGCAAGAUCUAUGAUCGAUUCGCGGAUCAUCGACCUUAACUUCAAUCCCAUCUUUUUCCGUAUCGGUGAAGGCUCUUCGAGCGUAAAGCCAUCUCUUGGUGCCGUCAAGAUCGUAGACCCUGGGCUAGCCAAUUCACUUAAACACAUCAAGAAGUUUGCUAUGGCAAAGAAGGCUAUCGACGAAGACCCUAACCGUACUGCUGCACAGAAGGUCGCCGACACUGAGAAGAUUGUGGUGGAUAACGGAACAUUAGAGGACCUAGCAUUGGACUUCACGUUGCCAGGCUAUCCCGAAAUUGAGCUCAUACCUGGCGGGUCUCAUAUCCCUGUUACCAUCUACAAUGUCGAGUCAUAUCUCGAUAAAGUCACUGAUCUAACUCUAGGCCGCGGUGUUAAGCGUCAGGUCGAAGCGUUCCGCACCGGCUUUUCCCAGGUAUUCCCGUACUCUGCCCUAAGCGCGUUCACGCCGGAUGAGUUGGUGGCACUAUUCGGUCGCGUUGAUGAGGAUUGGUCUCUAGAGACUCUUAUGGACUCCAUAAAGGCAGAUCAUGGCUUCAACAUGGACAGUAAAUCCGUCAGAAACUUGCUUCAGACAAUGAGUGAGCUUAGUCCUGCACAGCGCCGUGACUUCCUGCAAUUCACUACUGGCAGUCCAAAGCUUCCUAUUGGAGGUUUCAAGAGUCUGACCCCUAUGUUCACUGUGGUGUGCAAGCCUAGUGAGCCGCCCUACACAUCUGACGACUACCUUCCAAGCGUUAUGACUUGUGUCAACUACCUGAAGUUGCCCGACUACAGUAGUAUCGAUAGCAUGAGGCGACAGUUAUUCACUGCUAUCAGGGAAGGUCAAGGUGCCUUCCAUCUGUCCUAAAUAUCUAUAUCUACCGGUAUAAUGGGCAAUGAGAAAGCGCAAUAUUAUACGC